AUGGUGGCCACUCAGAAGCUCUAUCCUCGCGCGACUGUCAAGCGCAUUGUCAAGGCUCAUGCAAACCGAAAUGUGAGCAAGAAUGCCGACAUUCUGAUUUUCCUGGGCUACAUGCUUUUCAUGCAGGAGUUGAUGCGCGAGUCGUCGAUUCGCUCGCGAAAGGCAGGCGAGAAGCAACUAUCUGCGAACAGUGUCCGGAAAGUGACAGAGAGGACACUGCGGAAGUUCAAGGGUUGA